AUGGAGUCCGAGUCCGACCACGACCACCGCGAUGACGAGAGUGUGUCUGAGCAGGAAGAGAUUGAGGAGACAAAGCCAAAGUCCGCGAUGAAGAAGGGCCGGGAACCCGUGGCGCCCGUAGAGCGCCCAGAGCUUCCCGAACAACCAGACCCGAGCACGCUCGACCUUACUACACUGAACCCACUGUCGCCUGAGAUUAUUUCACGCCAAGCCACAAUCAACAUCGGAACCAUUGGUCACGUCGCUCACGGAAAGAGUACUGUGGUAAAAGCCAUCUCCGGUGUGCAGACGGUCCGCUUCAAGAACGAACUGGAGAGGAAUAUUACCAUCAAGCUCGGUUACGCGAACGCGAAGAUCUACCAGUGUGACAACCCAGAGUGCCCGCGCCCAACAUGCUACCGGUCAUACAAGAGCGACAAGGAGGUCGACCCACCUUGUGAGCGUGAAGGGUGCGAGGGAAAAUACAGGCUGAAGCGCCACGUCUCUUUCGUCGACUGCCCUGGUCACGACAUUCUCAUGAGCACUAUGUUGUCGGGCGCCGCCGUCAUGGACGCUGCACUGCUUUUGAUUGCUGGAAACGAAUCUUGCCCGCAACCGCAGACAAGUGAGCAUCUUGCUGCCAUCGAGAUCAUGAAGCUGAACCACAUCAUCAUUCUCCAAAACAAGGUUGAUCUGAUGCGGGAGGACAGUGCUGCGUCGCAUUACGAAUCUAUCCUCAAGUUCAUCCGAGGAACCGUCGCGGAUGGCUCUCCCAUCAUCCCCAUCUCCGCCCAGCUGAAGUUCAACAUUGAUGCUAUCAACGAACACCUCAUCAGCAAGAUCCCAGUUCCAGUACGAGACUUCUCCGCGAAGCCACACAUGAUUGUCAUUCGAUCCUUCGACGUCAACAAGCCCGGUGCCGAAAUUGAUGAGCUCAAGGGUGGUGUUGCUGGUGGUAGUAUCCUCACUGGUGUACUGAAGCUGGGAGACGAGAUUGAGAUCAGGCCCGGUAUCGUUUCAAAGGACAGUGCCGGAAAGAUUCAGUGCAAGCCUAUCUUCUCAAGAGUAGUGUCCCUAUUUGCCGAACACAACGACUUGAAGUUCGCCGUUCCGGGAGGACUGAUCGGUGUCGGUACACGCGUUGACCCUACUCUGUGUCGUGCGGAUCGUCUUGUCGGUUUCGUCCUUGGUCUCCGUGGACAUCUUCCCAACAUCUACACCGAGCUCGAAGUCAACUACUUCCUCCUCCGAAGAUUGCUCGGUGUCAAGACUGCAGAUGGCAAGCAGGCCAAGGUAGCCAAGCUUGCAAAGAAUGAAGUUUUGAUGGUCAACAUCGGAUCAACUGCAACCGGUGCCAAGGUUGUGGCUGUCAAGGCUGAUGCUGCUCGUCUAUCCCUCACCUCCCCCGCAUGCACAGAAAUCGGUGAGAAGGUUGCGCUGUCUCGACGUAUUGAGAAGCAUUGGCGUCUUAUCGGUUGGGCCAACAUUGUAGCCGGCAACAUCCUCCAGCCUAUCGUCGAUUGA